AUGGCGUUCUCCGGUACGGCUGUCCCAGGCCCGCACUUGUUGACCUUGUCGCUGCUCGUCGGCGCAGGCAUGCUACUGUCCCUCCUCGCACAUGUUUACUGGGCCUGGUACCGCCUCAGACACAUUCCCGGGCCACGAUGGGCUGCCUUCAGCAAAUGGUGGAUGCUACGUAACACACUGAGUGGGAAGAUGCAUCUUGCGCUGAAGCGAGCCUGUGAUGAAUACGGUCCGGUCGUCCGCAUCGGUCCCAACGACUUGGUAACCAAUGACUCGGAGAUCUUGCGCCGCAUGUGGGCGGUGCGCUCGCCAUACCGCAAGGGCGACUUUUACGACGCUAUCAGGCUCGACCCGACCAAGGACAACAUCAUUUCCAUGCGCGACGAUCAUGCACAUAACGAACUCCGCGCCAAAGUGGCCAUUGGCUAUUCGGGCAAAGAGAACGAGUUCCUCGAGACAGCCAUCGACGUGCAGAUGCUGUCGUUGGUACGGUUGAUCGAGGAACGGUACCUUUCGACGUCUGGUGUCUUCCGUCCCAUGGACUUUGCGAGCAAGAUGCAUUACCUGACCCUCGACAUCAUCACAUCGCUGGCCUUUGGCGAGUGUUUUGGCUACCUCUCGCAAGACAGAGACGUACACAACUACAUCCAAAUCACCGAAGAGAGCAUGCCCGUCAUGAUGACCUUGUCAGUGUUGCCCAGCCUAGCCGCUAUUAUGCAAUCUCCCUUCUGUCGACGUGCCAUGCCCUCGGAGCACGACCGUGUGGGUCUGGGCAAAUUCAUAGCCGUGGCCAAGAAGGUAGUUGCUGAGCGCAUUGCCUCCGGCAAGGUCCAAAGGGACAUGCUCGGCUCGUUCCUAGCCCAUGGGCUUACCCCUGAGGAAGCUGAGGGUGAGGCGCUUGUACAGGUUCUCGCCGGCUCGGACACAACUGCCACAGCCAUGCGCAUGACCAUGGUCUAUCUCAUGACGACGCCCACAGCCUACAAUGCCCUCGCCAAGGAGGUACGCGACGCAUGUGACAGAAGUCUCCUAUCAGUACCUGUCCAGGACGCCGAGGCGCGAAGGCUUCCCUAUCUUCAGGCCACCAUCCGUGAGGGCCUCCGUGUCUUCCCACCCGUCACGGGCCUCAUGUCGGUAGCAGUACCACGUGGAGGUGAUGUCAUGCACGGUAUGAGCAUCCCGGAGGGCACGCAGAUCGGGUGGUCAGCCUUCGGAGUGCUCCGCAGCAAGGCUGUCUUCGGCCCAGAUGCCGACACGUUCAGACCAGAGCGUUGGCUGGAGGCGGGUGACGAGGAGCUCAAGGCGAUGACAGCGCAAUGGGAACUGGUGUUUAAAUACGGAAAGUGGCAGUGUCUCGGCAAGACUCUGGCACUGCUUGACCUGAACAAGAUCUUCGUCGAGCUUCUUCGUCGCUUUGACUUUUCGCUGAUCGACCCCAUUGAGCCGAUGAAGUCAUACUCAGCUGGUAUUUUCAUUCAGUCGAACCUGAUGGUCAAGGUUGUUGGUCGUGGCCCAUGA